CAGCGCCGCUCGCCCCCUCCCCGGCCCCUGCUCCCGGCCCCCGCCGCGGGACGAGGAGGAGGGCUCCCCGCAGACAAUGGACGAGCACCCUGGAGCCGGAGGAGGCGGUGGGAUGGCGGCCGCCCCGAGACCGCAGCAGCCGCCGCCGCAGGCGGGUGGGAACAUGAACCUGCAGUCGGGUGGGGGUUGCGUGGGGGCUGGAGCCGGCGGAGGAGGAGGGCAACAGCCGCAGCCCCAGGGCCCCGCGGCCCCGGCCGGUCAGGAGGCGGCGGGCCCCGCCGAGCUGUCCCGGCCCCAGCACUACACCAUCCCGGGGAUCCUGCACUACAUCCAGCACGAGUGGGCUCGCUUCGAGAUGGAGAGGGCGCACUGGGAGGUGGAGCGGGCCGAGCUCCAGGCUCGGAUAGCAUUUUUACAAGGGGAAAGAAAGGGCCAAGAAAAUUUGAAGAAAGAUUUAGUGAGAAGAAUAAAAAUGUUAGAAUAUGCAUUAAAACAAGAAAGGGCAAAAUAUCAUAAAUUAAAAUAUGGCACAGAAUUGAACCAAGGUGACUUGAAAAUGCCAACUUUUGAAUCAGAAGAUACCAAAGAUACAGAGGUUCCUGCAGUACCUCAGAAUAGCCAAUUGACCUGGAAGCAAGGCAGACAGUUACUGCGACAGUAUCUUCAGGAAGUAGGUUAUACAGAUACAAUAUUGGAUGUACGCUCCCAGCGGGUAAGGUCUUUGCUUGGGCUCUCCAAUUCAGAGCCAAAUGGUUCAGUAGAGACGAAGAACUUAGAACAAAUCCUGAAUGGGGGUGAAUCUCCUUCAUCAAAACAAAAGGGACAGGAAAUCAAAAGGAAUUCUGGUGAUGUUCUUGAAACAUUCAAUUUCUUAGAAAACGCGGAUGAUAGUGAUGAAGAAGAGGAGAAUGACAUGAUAGAAGAUAUUGCAGAAGGAAAAGAAAAGCAUCGGAUAAAUAAGAAACACAAAAUUGGUAAUGAAGGUUUAGCUGCUGACCUUACAGAUGACCCUGAUACUGAGGAAGCUUUGAAAGAAUUUGACUUUUUAGUGACAGCUGAAGAUGGUGAGGGAGCUGGAGAAGCUCGAAGUUCAGGAGAUGGAACAGAGUGGGGAGUCAACAGGACAAAACUUCACGACAUGAUAGCUGAUCUGGGCGAUGAUGAGAUACCCCACAUCCCUUCAGGAAUCAUUAAUCAAUCUAGGUCACCCUCUUCUAGAAUGACUGAUCAUGAAGGUGCAAGAGCAGAGGAAGCUGAGCCAAUAACGUUUCCACCUGGAGGAGGCAAGUCAUUUAUUAUGGGUUCUGAUGAUGUGUUGUUAAGUGUACUGGGCCUUGGAGACCUUGCAGACUUGACAGUAACAAAUGAUGCAGACUAUAGUUAUGAUUUGCCAGCUAAUAAAGAUGCCUUCCGAAAGACAUGGAACCCUAAGUACACGCUACGCAGUCAUUUUGAUGGAGUGCGAGCAUUAGCUUUUCAUCCUGUAGAGCCUGUGCUGGUUACAGCCUCUGAGGACCAUACUCUAAAACUUUGGAAUUUGCAGAAAACGGUUCCUGCCAAAAAGAGUGCCUCUUUAGAUGUAGAACCCAUCUACACAUUUAGGGCCCACAUUGGACCUGUAUUGUCAUUGGCAAUUAGUUCCAAUGGAGAACAGUGUUUCAGUGGUGGCAUUGAUGCAACCAUCCAGUGGUGGAACAUGCCUAGCCCUAGUGUGGAUCCUUAUGAUACCUAUGAGCCAAACGUUCUAGCUGGCACAUUAAUUGCUCACACAGAUGCAGUCUGGGGUCUCGCUUACAGUGGUGUAAAGAAUCACUUACUCUCUUGUUCAGCAGAUGGCACUAUUAGGUUAUGGAACCCACCGGAAAAGAUUCCCUGUAUUUGCACUUACAAUGGAGAGAAAGAGAAUGGAAUACCCACAUCAGUUGACUUUAUAGGUUGUGACCCUGCUCAUAUGGUGGCAUCUUUUAACACUGGCAGCACAGUCAUCUAUGAUUUAGAAACAUCCCAGUCAGUGGUAAUGUUUUCAUCACAAGUAGAAUCUGGUGUACAAUCAAAUAAUCAUAUUAACAAGGUAGUAAGUCAUCCCACACUUCCUGUAACUAUUACAGCACAUGAAGACAGACACAUCAAAUUUUUUGACAACAAAACGGGUAAAAUGAUCCAUUCUAUGGUUGCUCACUUGGAUGCUGUCACAAGUCUAGCUGUAGAUCCUAAUGGAAUCUAUUUAAUGUCUGGAAGCCAUGAUUGCUCCAUUAGGUUGUGGAAUUUGGACAGCAAGACAUGUGUACAAGAAAUAACAGCUCAUAGGAAAAAGCUGGAUGAAUCAAUUUAUGAUGUAGCAUUUCAUCCAUCAAAAGCAUAUAUUGCCAGUGCAGGAGCUGAUGCCCUUGCCAAAGUAUUCGUGUGACAUAGCAGAACAAACCUGCAUCAUAACAGCAGGUCUGUUUGGACAAAAAAGAGGGAAUGCGUCACUGCCAUCAAUUAUAAGGUUACCUAUAAGACACUACAUCUGAUCUGCCUGGGUGAAGGCUCUUGAGUGGGGCAGGUAGAAGUUGGUGAAAAGUCACCACAUCCUGAACAAUGUCAGGCUCAUUCAUUUAACUGUAAUUACUGUAUUUGGGGGGGUGGGGACAAAUACAAAAAAGAAAACCAGUAUUUGUAGCCUUGACUGGAUAUGAACUGAGCGUAUGUCUGUUCUUUAGGUGUCUUUAAGCAAACGUGGAGUCUGAUCUUACAAAAGACUUUUAUUUUGGACUCUGUGUGCUGCCUUAGGGUUAGGAAUGUGGUGCUCUUGUGGGGGGAAGUGAGCUCCAAGAGUAGCUUUCUUUUCAUCUCUUAGUAAUCUUCUGUUUAUCAGUUGAAUGCCACAGAUUCCCCUUUUAAACUUUUAUUUUGCUUUAAAGAAAAGGAAAUUUAACUUAAAAUAUUUUAGCAUUAGUUGCACAAAAUGUUUGGAUAAAAUUCUAGUUUUUAUAAGUCUUUUUAUAUAUUUAGCCUGUCACAACAGUGCUCAAGAUUGUAUUGAUAAUGUUUUUCUGCAUUAUAGAACCCUAAAACACAGAGAUCUCACUGACCCGCUGCCGUGUAACCACAAUCUUCCCUUCUUUUGCCUAAUACAGCUCAGCUAAGUCCUUGCUUAAGGAUGCUAAUUCAUCAUCAUUGCAUAACUGUCUUCAUAAAUAAAGGACUGUAAAAUGUGUUCAAAUGAAACACAGAGGGGUUAACACCCCUGAAUGAACUCUUAAAAAAAAAAAUUAAUCUUGGCAUCCUAUCACUAUGUGAUAUUUUGUACAUCUUACUGUAUUUACGAGUUUAUUUAUCAAGGAUUACCCAUCUUGCUAAUGGCCUAUUGUUAUUUAUUUCACUUUUUGUUGGUCUUUAUAUCCUUUUAUGUAGUGUGUUAAAGGGCCCUGUAUAUCUGUUAUGGCACUCUUUGAACAGUCUAAAAUAGAUGAGAAAAUGGGACAUUUGAUAAUUCUAAAGUUGCAAACCAAGAAAUUAUUUUUCCUCUGGUUAAGUACCUGGAGUGGAGUUGAUUCCAAAAAAACAAUCUUGUUUCAGAACCUUUGGAGUGAAAAUUAUUUUUAUUUGCAUUUCAAAUAGAAUACAAAAGUAGUUAAUUCAAGAUUAAUAAAUCUGCUGUGUUUUGACUAGUUAUUCCCUGCUUUUAUUUUAUUUUUCAGAUGUGCUUCAGUUUAUGGUGUAACUAAAAAUUUUGUUUGUGUAAUGCAUGAUUAAUACAAGAAAGUAUUUUUUCUAGUCUUCCACAAAACUUUUCUGAUCAGUUUGCGAGUUUUGAUGAGUUUUGUAAGGUUUCUGUUUUACAAACUAUGAAUCAGCAAAUUUUUAAGAUUGUACCACAUAGCAAAAGUACAGCUGUUGAAAAAUAAUGUAUAUAAAAUGCAUAUAAUAAAUAUUAAAUGGUGUACCUGUAUGUUACUGUUGGCUACAUUAUUUUGUGUUGCACAGUUUGAAAGAGUCAUUCUACAAAUUACUAAAUUAGGUCUCAAUUUUAGCAAAAUGACCAUUUGUUUAUUAUGCUUAUAAGCUGCUUUGCUUUUGCAAGAUUGUAAUAGUUGUCUGGAUGUUGAGCAACUGUUCAGUUUCAAGCAGCAGUACCCACAUAUAAGAACAUGUUUCCACAAUGUUUUAAAAGAUUUUUACAAGGACAAAUCAAAAAUUGCUAGUGUAUUCUCACAGCCCUUCUAAGGUAAUAAUCUCAGUGUUUUUCAUUAUCUUUGCAUAUGAAGUGAUUCUGAAGUGAUUUAGGAGCAAGAAAGGUACUAUCUUUUUGUUUCAAACUGCCACUGAAUAACUAUGUUGAAUUUUAAGAAAAAAAAUAAUUUCUAUGCCCAUAUAUCUUACUUUUGUCCAUUUCUUUACAAGUCCUCCAAUAAAAUUGAUGCACAAAAAAAAACUAAACUGAAGGUCAAUAUUCAUCUAUUCUGUGAUGAGUCACUUUGCUCAAAUUGUAUCAGCAGAAAUAGAAUACCACAAUAUGAAUAUUUUCAUGUAAAGUAGUAUGUUUAGGUAUAAAUUAACUAAAGCUAGAACAUGUUCCUAUAAGUGGUUUAACUGCAUUGUUCCAUGUAAGUUUCCAGUUUUCCAGUAAGAAUGUAUUUCUUGCCAUUUCAUGUCAAACAAAUUAGAACUUGAAAAAAAAAAAAAGGAAAGAGGUGCUCAUGGUAGGCAAAAUACUGCAGUUACAUUUUGGAAUUAAUUUUGUUUUAGUAAUAAUGUUGCAUUGCUUGAAAUGUUACAGUAAAUUAUAAUUGUGUAGGAAUUGGAGAAUUUUGUCCUUUAUCAUGAAGAUUGAGGUGAGGCCUUCCAGUAAUUGCUUGUAGGACACUAAGACUUUACUUUUAAAAGUAACAUUCAGCUGACUUGCACUUUUUGUUCUUUCCAGUCUAAAGCAUUCAACUAAUCAACAGACAAGAGAGUAUUCGAAUUUUAUUGGAAGUAAUUUCAUAAUUGCCUUUUCUGAAGCCAAACAUUGUUUCUGGCAGCUUUUCCAGACUGCUGCAUUUUAAUGCUUAAAUAAAAUGUGAUUGUUUAAUAAACAUUACCAUGCAUAACCUUUA